AUGGAUUCAUCACAAAGUCCAUCUACUGGGGGGAACGGGACUCCGAUCUCUCAAACUAAUGAUACUGCAGCUUCUGCUGCAGGAGCUGAUGAUUCUAUGCAAAACCUGAACCAGAUCAGCAACUCCAUUCAGAAAACCUUGGGCCUUAUCCAUCAGCUUUAUCUUACCGUCUCUACAUUCAAUGCUGCCUUUCAAAUGCCACUCCUACAACGCAUCAAUGGUCUUGUUGCUGAGCUUGACAACAUGGUCAAAUUGGCAGAAAAGUGUAACAUUCCGGUUCCUAUGGAGGUUGUAAAUUUAAUUGAUGAUGGGAAGAAUCCGGAUGAGUUUACGAAAGAUAUUAUUAACAAUUGUAUUGGAAAGAACCAGAUUACCAAAGGAAAGACUGAUGCUUUAAAGAAUUUGCGCAAGCAUUUAUUGGAGGAACUGGAGGUAAACUUCCCUGAUGAGGUUGAAACAUUUAGAGACAGUCGUGCUGCUUCUGCUGCGGAAAUGAAGCGUUUGGCACAGACACAAAAAAAAGGCAGAAAAGCAACACACAUAUCCUCAUCGAUCUCACCAUCAGUACCCCUGCCUCUAUUUCUUUUCAAUCACCAUCAGUACCUUCGCCUAUGUUUCUUCUCGACGGCUUCAACGACUCCAUUUGGAGCAUCGCCAUCGGCUUCUUCAAUGCCAUUUGGAGCACCGUCAAUAGCUUCUGUGACUGCAAUAACUUCGGCUAGCUCAUCGACUUUGACACUUUCGGUAAGCUUUCUAUUACUAGUUCAUUUGUUUGCAUAA